AAUACGCCGGGUUGUCAAACAGUAAAGUUUCUCUGGACCCUGCGUGCAAAGUGUCAGCUGAAGACAAACUGGGAAAAGCCUUUGACCAUCUGAAAAUUGGGGCAGCAGUUAAAAACAAAUCAAUCAACAACACUAAGGUGGAAAACUGGUCUGCAUCUGCGCCGAGGACUCGACAGAACCGCCUGGAAAUCCGAGAUAACACAAGGGAAUAAAACAGAAACGCAGGAGUACAAGGCAAGCUCGGGCAUCAGUAACAAUAGUUGGGACCUGAACCUGGACCUGGGACCAUUGUUGAAUAUUGGCGACGACAAAAGAAACCAAGCCUGCAACCUGCUGCCCUCGCCUUCAAGCAUCAUCUUGAUCACUUUGCCCCCACGACGGCGCUAACCCGGUGCAGCCAUGCAUCUAGAAGUUAAGGUCGCCCUCAACUUCAUUGUGUCCUACCUGUACAACAAGCUGCCUCGGCGUCGAGCCGACCUGUUCGGCGAGGAGCUGGAGAGGAUACUGGUCUCUCGUUUUGAGGGUCACUGGUACCCUGAAGCCCCUCUCAGGGGUUCUGCUUUCCGCUGCAUUCACCUGGGAGCGCCGAGGGACCCUGUGGUGGAGUUGGCCGCCAAGAGAAGCGGACUGGACACGGAGGAAGUGCGUGCAAAUGUUCCUGCAGAGCUCAGUGUGUGGAUUGACCCUUACGAGGUUUCCUACCAGAUUGGAGAGAAGGGGGCAGUGAAGGUUCUCUACCUGGAGGACCCUCCAGGCCUCGGUUGUGACAGCGAGAGGGCUGAGGGGGUGAUCAGAGAGGGUAAAGGAGAUCCCGAGGCGGAGGAAGCCAAGAGUCUGGGCUUCAAUCCUGAUGCUCAGGUGUUUGUACCAAUUGGAAGCCAGGCAUCUCCUGCCCUCAUGCCGUCGCUCUCUAGCUCCCCCACACCUCUGUCUGCCCAGUCCUGCUCCGGGCUCUUCAGCUACCCCAGCUCCAGCACACCCACCGACCCUGCUGCCCACUCCUCCAACACCUCUACCCCUUCUCCUCCCAGCGGCGGGUUGCCCUACCUCUCCACUCAGCAGCCACCCUCUGCUCUUCCCACCGCCCGUCCUCAGCCCAUCACCUUCACCACAGCCAGCUUUGCCGCCACCAAAUUCGGCUCGACCAAGAUGAAGAAGUGCAGCGGUGCUGGGUCGGCAGCUAGCACCGCAGUCGUCAUCCCACCUGCCCAGAGGAUGCUCUCCCGCUCUCCUACCACCAUCUCUGCACCAGAGCUGCUCAAGCACAAGCCCCUGUCCCUCUCCUUGCACUCCCUCGGGGGUCCCAUCGCCAGCCAGCUCUCUCCCAACGCCAAAGAGUUUGUCUAUCCAGGAUCCCCAGGCCCCCUUUACUUCGACGCCGACACCCAGCCCAUGCAGCCUCACGCCAGCCCAUUCCAACCCCCGCAUGCUGUUAACACCCACCCUUCCUUUGACCCCUUCUCCAGCCCUCCUCCUGCCCAGAACGUGGGCAUCAUUGGCAGCAACGGAGGAAUCCCCUACAUGGAGAAGCCACCGUUUGUCGAGGGUUUGGGAAGCUACAACCUGCAAUAUCCUAGCCAGUCCUUCCAGCCUGUUGUGCUGGCCAACUAAGCCUUCAUUUGUAAUGAUAAGAUUUGUUGGAGAAGAUGGGUGCAGGACAAUUAUACUCCAGAUAUUUUCAGUUUUUCUAACAAAUUGUUCUAAUACUAAUACAAGUUAAGAAUUAGUUUUACUACAAAGAUUUAAAAUUCCACAUCCACUGAACAGUUCAUGUGAUUUGUUUUGUUCCUCCACGACCUCCAACUCCACCCUGCCCGUUUGUCCGUUGCUGUUACUCAUGUUCUGCGUUUUGGCUUUGAUGGCAGGAGUUUAUGGCGGGGAGGGGGAGUUCCUUUCUACCUUGAGUCAUUGCCAAUCUCUUUAUGUUUCUGAUUUUGCAUUGAAUGUUAAUGUGAGGGACUUUAUUAUGUUUUUUUUGUUGUUGUUGUUGUUGACUUGUAGUUUAAUGGACCCGGCUCUAGUAUAGCUCCAUUUUGCACUGCACUGUCAUGCUGUGAAAAAGGACCUAGCCAAGUCCUGCAGGGAACGACGGCUGUGGAAAGCUCAGCACUUUGCUCUGCAAUCUGCUCUGCCCUACUUGCCACAAAUACAGAGAGGGGGGCUCUGCUGUCUCCGUGUGCGUGUAGUCCUGUUCUGUUUUGUUGUGGCUCAGCAUGAUCGAGAGACUCAUUGUUUGUACGGUGGGCCCCCGUUACCCUUGAAAUGCGCUCGUGCACAGGCACAAUUUGACUCUGUUGUUGUCACCGGGUGUAUAUUGGAAGCAGUUUAUCGUGAGCUGGAAUGUGUACAUGACAUGGGUUUAAAUGAAACGAGAGCAGCGGAGGGAGCAGGAAGGGGAGCAUGGGGGUGUUGAGGGAGCGAUGUAGUAGAAUGUAUUGUACCUGUCAGGGGAAAACUGCAGCCGGGAAGGUCGGGGAAACCUUGGUGAACGAGAGAAGCAAAUCAAUCUUUGCAUUCGAACACGAUAACCCCAUGUGCUGAUCCCUCAAUUAUACACAUGGGUGAUGCAAGUUAUGCUUUCAUACGUUAGAUGAUGCACAAUUCCAGUCAGCAGAGUGUGUGUGUGAAGGUGAACAGGCAGAGAAGGAGGUGAGGGGGAGGGGAUGCAGCAGUUAAGCAGUAAGGAUUGUGAUAAAUGGCUUAGCAUGACUUUGACUAUGAAGGAGAGGUUUUCCUCUGCAUGGAGAGGAGAGCAGAGCAGGCGAUGGUAGAGGAGGGAAUACUGAAGGGAGGGAGAGAAGCAGCCAGAGGGUUCUGUUGCCUCGGUGGCGUCCAGGCUGUAUUGGCUUAGAGAGCGACACUUUAAAACCCAGAGCACGUUUCUGGUGAGCUUAAAUGGUAUUGAAACGCUCACACUAUUCUCUGCCUCCUCUUGAAAUUCUUCAGUGAUCUCUGGCUGUUGACAAAGAAAAAAGCAGAAUAUACAUAGUGUGCAGUUCAGACUGUCUUGUUUUCCCAGUUGCAGUGGCAUGGUCAAAGAUGAAUGUUCUUUACUGGUGUGUGGCUUGUGUCGUUUUAUUUGAUGGCUUGUCAGAUCUCUGGAAGUCCGCCGUUUCUAACUAUGGUUUGUUUAUCAGCCGGGUCCAUGUGAUUGUUGGUUAGUCACUACAGGGAAGGGUAACCCCCAGAUGUCCAUUUGAGCUGUCCAGCACUUUAUUACUGGGCUCCUGAUGCUGUGUGUCGCCCACAGACAUGAGCGCUAAACCAUUCCUUUGCCCUCUGUUUGGUAAUAUGGCACAUUUUAUUCAGCUGUUCGUGAAAUGCUUUAGAGAUUCAAACGGGAGCUUAAUUUGUAUUCUGAUGCAUCGCGCUGGUGAGGAGAUGCUGUCCGUCUUGUCCAUUUUUAUUUGAAUGUUUUCUAGACUUGUACCCAUAAGUGUUUUUGUAUGAGAUGAAACAAGGACCCUUGACUUGUGCUCACGCUGGUUUUGCAAUGUGACAGCUUGUCAUACGCAUGCAAGUUUAUUUCUUUUUUUUGUUUGUUUCCUUUUUCAAGGGAAGGGGUGGGGAGGUACACAUCUCUGUAAAUGUUACGAUUGUGAAGGGAAAGAUGCAUUUAUAAUUUUUGUUUUGUAAUUUAUUUCCAAUAUUUCUAUAUUUUUGUUUUUGCAAAUGAUCACUUACAUUUGUAUGAGUAAGACAUGACAAGUCCAGGAAUAUGUAUAUAUAAAAAGUUCUUAUGUUCAGAUUCUUUGUUUAGUUUCUUACAUGCUGAGGUUAUUUUUUCAGAAAAUAACAUGAAUAUAUGCAAACUGAGUCAAAAAUAAAGAUGUACAGAAUAAAGUAUUGAAUGUGUAUUGUACCUUGUACAGCAUUUGUCUAAUAAGACGGGUAAAUGUAUUCAUUCUUCAAGUUGGAUUUGGAGUUAAAGAUGUGAAUGUUUACAGUGGGUUUGUGUAGGAAAAGAUGGCUGAUCACUUUCUCUGUGCUCCCAGGGCAGUCUGACAACACUACUCCCAUAGGCAGUACAUUUAAAACCAAAAAUCUCCACUUUUCAGAUUCAUUUGAGUGCAAUCUUCCCUUUUUUAUGUGACCUUCACUUCAUAUUGUGGCUACCAAGCUUCUUAUUUUCCUGAAAAAUGAUCCGUCACUGAUUUUUCUUUUCUAAACAAACUACUACAGUACCCUAAACCCAGAUAUAUUCAGAUUUAUAUAAACAAAAUAUCUUUUAACCUUUCUCAUUAUAUUUCCCAUCAAAUUUAACCUUUUCUAAUCUGGGUUAUCUUCUCCCGCAUCAGCCUUUGGUCCUGAUACUAUAGCCAUAUCCCUGACUGUCUUUGCUUACACAGAUGCUCACCCGUCUCCAGUGCAAUUUAAUGCCAUAAUUAAAAAAAAUUACCCUGAAGGAUUCAAGGGGUUACUACCUCUCUGCACCCUGGAAAAAACAAAUCCAAUAUAUCUCCUCAAAAGGAAGACAGUGUUAACGGCAGGUUUGGAAGGAUGAAGGAAAUGAAUGUGCUGUGAAUGUGAUUCUGAUCUGUUGUUGGUCAACCCUGUUUGAGAAGGCCUGCAGAGAAUAAAUAGAGGGGGGGUGGACUGCUCGUUUUACUUUGUGUUUAAAAAGUCUGAGAUUUAUUUAUUUUUUUUAGUCACAUGCAUGUUCAAAAUGUCCAUGAGACUCCUUUUUUUCCCCCCCACAAUUGUCAGAUUAUUCAGCGCAAACGAGGUGUUUUUAAGAUUUCCUCUGCAUUCAAAUCAGGCUCUUGAAGUGAGAGAUCUGAGGAAUGAUGAUCGUAAAAGCCGCCCCCCCCUUCCCUCCCUCACCACCCUUGCAUUUUUAAGAAUGAACGCCGGUUUUGUGUUUCACAUUUAAAGAACAGAUUAGUGUUUCAAAUGCACCACAAAUCAACUCUUACGCAGGCUAUUCUACAAUCAGGGUUGAACAUUAAUGAAGAGGAAAAACAAGAAUUUUGUAUUCUGAUGUCCUUUUGCUUAUAUCAAUGUGUGCGUUUUAUUUUGCACUUUGGGAUAUUUCAUUGUCAUAAAAGAAGUUUAUUUUCUAUGUAAAAUUUAACAUUUAAGAGUAAAAAUAGAUAUAAUUAAAAGUUCAGAUGAUGUAUAAAUAUAGUGCUUUCUUUCCUGCCUGUAUUUUAUUAUUUUUCCUAUUUUGUAUCUGAUCUGUACACCCUGUAGAUGUGUAAUGAAUCUUUCACUACUGAAAUGCAAUGACCUGUUUUCUGUGCUGCCCCUCGGGAAUGGGGAGUUACUACUGCAGUUUCUUAUUGUAUCAGAUUCUUUUUUAAGUUUGUAAUAAAAAAACAGAUUGGCAAAAAUAAGCAUGGAAAAUAA